AUGCAACCCGACACCAUUGCCAAUCCUGGUCCUCUUGGUCUCUGUGGUUUCGCACUGACCACCUUUGUCCUCUCUCUUCAUAAUGCCGGCGCUGGUGUUCCUGCCGAUGGUCCUCACGGUGUCGUUACUGGUCUUGCCAUUGGAUAUGGUGGAAUUGCUCAGUUGCUUGCUGGUAUGUGGGAGUUCAAGACCGGAAAUACCUUUGGUGCCACUGCCUUUUCGAGCUAUGGUGCCUUUUGGAUUUCAUUUGGCAUGAUGUUCAUUCCUAGUACCAAUAUCCUGGCCUCUUAUUCUGAUCCUGAUGUUCUCAGACAGUCAUUGGGCUAUUAUCUCUUGGGCUGGACUAUCUUUACUGGAAUCAUGUUGAUCGCCUCCCACCGUUCUUCUGCUGGCCUCGUCUCACUCUUCUUCUUCCUCUUCAUUACCUUUAUUCUCUUGACAGUCGGUAAACUCCAGAACAGUCUCAACUCUCAGAUCGCCGGCGGUGCCUUUGGUAUUGUGACAGCAAUCAUUGCUUGGUACAAUGCCCUGUCAGGUCUCUUGACCAAAGACUCGUCUUACUUCAGCCUCCCCAUCGGUCGUCUCAGAUAA